UAGGAAUGGAGCAUGCUAGGAGUUCCCACCUCAAGGACCCCAUAUUAUUCUUGUCCUUUCUACUUAUAACUACUAUCUACAACCUUCGUUUGAACCUUGGUAAACCUCAGAAACUAACUAUAAGCAACCCUUACCCUAUCAAGGCCCAGUUCAACUCAGCAGCAUUUCUUGUGACAGAUGACGAGCCCAAUUGACUGGGAAUCCUUGACUGAUUCAUAGGUCUUUAUUUUCCGAGGAACAGCAGCUUGUUGACUUUCUGCAGAGACCAAAUACGAAAGGGGGACGGACGGCUAAGAAUUAAUGUACUCUCCAGAGUAGAUUUACAUAGGAGUACAUAGUA